CCUUGGAAUUUGCCGAAGAUACUACUGGUGGUCAUAUUUCGGAAACAAUUGUUGGUGCACCGGCUGCUUGGACUUGGUUAGAACAAAGAUUUGAAGGAAAGAAACCAGUUAAAGGUUGUUCUUAUAAAACUAGAGCAUCUAAUUUCCUUUAUCCAGGAAUUAAACCAACCACUUUGAAAUUCUUCCAAUCUUUGUUUGAAACUUUCUUGGGUAGUCCUCUCGGUCCAUUCGAUGAUUCUAAACUUUGA